AUGGAACCCUCCUCGUCGUCCAUCCAAGCUAAGCGGUCGUUGCUGCUGGACACAAUUGCGCGGGAUCCGUCCGCAGCCGAUCUGCGCCUGUCACUGUUUGUAUCCGCGGCUCGAUCCUUUCGCUACGACUCCUGCCUGCAACCAUUUCCGCCGGAUUUCAUUAUUAACAGUGAGAAAAGCAUCGAUCAAUUGUAUCGAGUUCUCGAGACAAUUCCACCGGUCGCGGAGCUGCCAGCUGGCAUCGAGUCACUUAACGAACGGGCGGUUGACUUGCUGCUCUGGAUAUUCUGCCGACCAACGCAUCCCCUGGUACGGAACGUCCCCAAAUCCCAGCAUGACGCCGUGCUCGCCAAGUGUCCCUGCUUCUCCAAAUACCAGCAACCGAACCACAUCUUCGAGGUCGUACACCGCGUGGACCAGUCGGGGGAGCGCGCCUUUUUGCAGCACUCUGCCGACUUUCGGACUCGAUACGCUUUCCACGGUAGCAGGCUGUUCAAUUUUCACUCCAUACUGCACUAUGGGCUGCAGCAGCAUCUCAACAAAGUGUCGCUCUUUGGCGAAGGCAUUUACCUAUCGGCGGAGCUGCAGGUGAGCCAGAUGUUCUCACCGAACGGAUCCGGCUGGAACCGGUCGAUUCUCGGUACGCAUCUUGCCUGUAUUGCGCUCUGCGAGUACGUCGAUAACCCACACUACGUCAAGAGUCAAGAAGAAACACCCGCUCCUGUCGAGGAUGGCACGCCACCGCCACCAUCCGGUGCGUCCGAUGGCCCAUCGGCCGUGGCAGCCACACUGACCGGCAAUAAUAGCAUCCCGGAGCGGUAUAUUUUGAUUAAAAACAAUGAACUAGUGCAGGUGCGCUAUUUGCUCCUGUACGGAAGUACCAAAGAUACCAGUGCCGCACUGAGUGGCCUGCAGGCCAGCAACGAUCCUGUGUAUGCGCUUGCCACCAGACCACCCACCUACCAGCUGCGCCAUCCACCCACCAGAUUCGUGCAGUGGGUCGCCGACAACAAGGGUUUCGUCCUAAUCGGGGGAUACGUUGGGCUAUUGCUGAUCGUCGGGUUCCUUAACAGCCGGAACGCGCACUACGUUAAGGAAAUGUUCCUGCAGAAGCUAAGCCACCUCUACAACGCGGUACAGAGUUUCUGCGGAAAACAAUAGCUUCUUCCUACUGCCACAGGAUAAACCCAGUUUGCCUUUUGCAAGAGUAAUUCGCGGCGUCGAAAUUCCCCCCAGGCGCCUCUCAGCCACCCCCCAGUGUACGUGUGGCGUGUGUUGUUAACUGUGCGUAUAUUCUUGUGUCCUAUCUGUGUUAGCUCUUUUUGUUUCGUAUGUAUGUAUUGAAUUCGGGUACAAUAGGGGAGGGACAAAUUAGAGGUGAUAAAAUUAUUUGAUUUUUUUUUGCCCCCCAUCAAAAGGAGGGGGUACGGGAA